GCGCCAACGCCCCGUGACACGUCAUAACCUCGCGCAGAACAUGGCUACCGCAAGUGCAGCGAAAACACAACACCGAUGAUUUUGGGACAAAUUAUCAUCUAAUUUUGACUUAAAACCUCACAAUGUCCGACUCAUUGAAAACACAGACUCUUCAGGAUCGACUGGACCGUCUACAGGAGCUGACAGAGUUCACAGAGAACUGCAAAAAGCAGCUAAACGAUAUCUUUGAAACGCUGGGAUGGUCGCUCGACGACUCCAACCAGGAAGCAAUGGAGCAGUGUCCCUACGACCCCAACCACAGAGUCCCGGUGAGGAGCAUGGAGAAACACAAAGCCUCCUGCCGCCUCCGAAAGUUGGGCUACUCCGCUGAGGAGGAGGCGGAGAUGUUCGACCCUUCUGUGUGUUAUGAGAACAGCAGUGUCAGAAGCUUCACGAUGGACAAAUCCACCCAGCACCAGGUGAUCCUGCAGGCGAGGUCUGCUGCACCGCUGAUGAGGAUGGAGGGAGUCUUCUGGCAAGGUCAGUACACAGGCCAGCCCGUCGACGUACCUGAGAACCACAAGCGCGCGGUGUGUGACCUCACUGUGGCCGACCGACUUGCUCUGUACGAUCAUGUGGUCGGCGUCCUCAACCAGCAGACGGAAGCGGCCUCCUCCAGCAACGACGAUCUCUACGUAGACUUGGUGUCCAAACUCCAGAAGGAUGAACAACAGAACGAACCAAAGACUCACCUGGAGCUGAUGGCAGAGAUGAGGGACUACAAGAGGCGGCGUCAGUCUUACCGAGCCAAGAACGUUCACAUCACCAAGAAGUCCUACACCGAGGUGAUCAGAGAGGUGAUCAACGUCCACUCAGAGGAGCUCAGCAGACAGUGGAGAGAAGAGGAGGACGAAUCGACGAGAUCUGAACUCUCCUCCCAAAGGCGUCGGCUGGAUGAGAGGCGGUCGCUGUCGUCAGAGUCUCGCCACUCCCACAGCAGACGCCAUCGCAGCCGAGAGCGAAGCAAAGACAGAGAGAGCAAGAAGAAGAGGAAGAAGAGGGAGAGGGAUUCCCGUUCUCCUGAUGACCACCACCACGACCGCAAGAAGAAGAAAAAGAAAAAGAAAGAGGAGAGGGAGAAGUGCUAGUGCUGGAUCAGCAACAACAGAUCAGAUGAGGUCAAAGGUCAUUGUGGCUCCUACGGGUCAGAAGAUGUCAGGUGUCACAACAUUUUAAGAUUAUAAACAAGGGGAGAUAAAUAAAUGGGAAUAAAGUUUUGGGAACCAGCAACAUCAA